GCCUGUAGGCCUGGGUGUCGCCCGGCCUUCCGGACCGGUCAUGGCGGCGGCGGCGGCCUGCCGAGGACCUCUCGGGCUGCGGCGGGCGCUGCGCUGGCUCUUGGCGCUGCUGGCGGUGGCGGCGCCGCCGGCCGGGGCGCGGCUGUACCAGUCCGGCGUGGACCCGGUGUGGGUGUUGGAGGCCGGCACGGUGCGGGAGGCGCUGCGGGACGCGGCCUCGGCCUGGCUGGUGCAGUUCUACUCCUCGUCCUGCGGUCACUGCGUGGCCUUCGCGCCCACUUGGCGCGCCUUGGCGGGGGACGUCCACGAGUGGGAGCCUGCUAUCAGAAUUGGUGUGCUGGAUUGUGGAUAUGAGAAAAACUAUGAACGGUGUAAAGAGUACGGAAUUCAGUAUUACCCCACAUUCAGGUAUUUCAAAGCUUUUACCAAGCAGUUUACGGUUGGAGAAGAUCAGCACGCAAGCUCAGCUCGGGAUCUUCAGACUAUCCGCCAGACAAUUAUUGAUUUUCUGCAGAACCAUUCCCGAGAAGCAAAACCGCCGGCUUGUCCCGCUUUGGAGCCAACUGCGCCAGAAGAAGUGUUUUCCCUUUUCAAUAAACACAGUCAGCAUUAUACUGCCAUUAUUUUUGAGAGCGGGAGCUCGUAUAUUGGGCGAGAGGUGAUCUUGGACCUCAGCCAGUAUGAAAACAUUGCUGUCAAGCGGGUUCUAAAUUCUGAGACAGCUUUUCUUGAAAAACUUGGUAUUCCUUCAGUCCCUUCGCUGUACCUGGCUUAUCCCAAUGGAUCCCAUGGACUAAUUAACAUUUUGAAGCCUCUUCGGUCUUUCUUUUCUUCCCAUUUAAAGUCACUCCCUGGGGUUAGAAGAAAACUUGCUUCUUCACUUCCACUUCUCCAGCAAAACAGAGAAGAAAACGUGGACUUCAAGGAUUGGAAGGAGUUUGACCAGUCCAAAUUAUAUAUGGCCGACCUUGAAUCCGGGCUGCAUUACUUGUUUAGGGUAGAACUGGCCACUCACAAAACACUAGAAGGAGCUGAGCUGAGGACCUUGAAAGAUGUCGUUAUACUCCUGGCCAAGCUCUUUCCUGGCCGUCAACCUGUGAUGAAGUCGCUGGAGACCUUACAAGCGUGGCUGCUGAGCCUCCCGUUGGACCUAAUCCCCUAUGAUGCCAUCUUGGACCUACUCAACAACAAAAUGCGGAUCUCGGGCCUGUUUCUGCCCAGCCGCCUCCAGUGGGUCGGGUGUCAGGGCAGCCAGCUGGGACUGAGAGGUUAUACGUGUUCCUUCUGGGAGCUCUUCCACACGCUAACCGUUCAAGCGGCCACUCAGCCAAGAGCUUUGCUCAACACAGGCUUCGAAGAUAAUCCACGGGCGGUUCUCCAGAUCAUGCAAAGAUACGUCCAGGAUUUCUUUGGGUGCCGAGCCUGCGCGCAGCACUUCGCGGAGAUGGCCAGACCGUCUUUGGAUUCCGUGAAGACCUGGGAUGAAGCCGUGCUGUGGCUCUGGGAGAAGCACAAUGUCGUGAACGCUCGGCUGGCAGGCGACCUGAGCGAAGAUCCCAAAUUCCCCAAAGUGCAGUGGCCCACCCCGGCUAUUUGCCCUGCGUGCCACAAGGGGGCCAGAAGUGCACCUGCCUGGAACCAGGCGCAGGUGCUCCAAUUCCUGAAGCAGCAUUACAGCAGCCACAACAUAGCAGACACCUACGUCGAGGAAGCCGGCAUCGAUGAGCGAGAAGGCCAAGGUGGGAGAGCGGCAGUUAAGAAGGAACCUCCGAGGGAGGGGGACAAGGGCCAAGAUCCAGAAAAGUCCUUGGAUUCAAAGCCCAAAGGCUCGGACAACUCGAUAGCCAAGCAGGACCCCAUGAGAGAUCCGGGACCAAGGGCAGCCGGGUCAGUUGUCGACCAGGAGAGGAAGCAGGCAGUGUCAUUCUUGGGAAUCGGUUUCUCCAACAUCGACAUGAGCCUGUGCAUAGUUCUUUAUGUAGCAUCAUCUUUAUUUUUAAUGAUCAUGUUCUUUUUUUUCCGGGUGAGAUCCAGGCGCUGGAAAGUGAGGUAUUACCGUCCCUAUGUCUAGCAGAUAAAUCGGAAGUCAACUUCCUGUCCGUAAACGGCUCGCUUGCGCUCACCUGCAGCUUUAAUAGCAGGGAAUCAGGGAAUGUUUUUUACGGCGCAACAUUUUUCAUUUUGAAAAGGUGCUGUUCCUCCUCAUUCUCAUUUACUGGCGUUCUGCUUCCCCACUGUUGGACACUUUGAAUUUGGAACAGUUGCCUGGAAGAAUGGAAAGGCUUUGCGUGUGUGUGUGUACACAGAGGUGUUUGUCUGAAGAAACAUUAAAACGUUUCUGGUGAUCUUGUUCUUUUGGUGAGCUGGCGUGCCUUGGCUUAUGAAACGUUUCAAGAAAGUCUGGUGCUGUGAGGGUGUUAAACUGGUGCUGGUGUAAAAGCUACCAGAUUGGGGUGCAGAAAUUUAGAUGACCACUAGAUGGAGACAAAGAGAUGAGAAAGAGGCAAGUUCUGGACUGCCAUCUAGUGGUCCUGCAGCAUUUUUGUGCUG